AUGCCAGCCUCAAACAAAGAUCGCGUUUACGUCGCCCUCUACGCACGUGGAGGGCGAGAUCCUGACGCUUUUCACUGGGCUAUCAUUGUGGGACCGAAGAAGGAGGGGGUAGGAGGAAGUCGGGGAUAUCGAUAUCAUGCAAUACAGCGACCUGAUCCAUCCAGAACGGGUCAUUUCAUAUGGGUAUACGAAGCUCUCGAAAUCACCCUUUUCCAGACGAACAUGCUACUUGGUCGCAUUCUGAUCGCAAAAGUUACCAAUGACACGCAACUCCGCACAACUCUUGCUGCUGUUCCUCUUGUGCAGGACGAUCCAUCAUGGAAUUGUCAAGUCUGGGUGAAAAAUGCCAUCGCAGCUUUGGAGGCAGAUCGGAAGAGUUUGGGCACUCGGGUCACAGACUGGACUGCAAUUGAGCAGAUUGCAAAUGGCUAUAUUAACCGAAAGAGAGAGCAGAGACGCUAUGAUGGAUCAGGAGGGUGGGCAUCGGGAACUGUUCCAACUUUUGACCUUCUCGAGAACAGAGAGAGUGUUUCAUAG